CCAGCCCGCACCAUGCGCUCCCCUCCACCCCGCACAAGCGCCCCGUCUCCAUGAACUCCUCCUCCUCGGCCACCCCCACCAGGCCCUCGCCGCUGCCGUCGCCCUUCACCCCGCCGCGCCGCCGCAAGCUCGCCGCCUCCUCCGCGCCGCCCGCCCCGGCCGCGGCUGCCGCGGCCGCGGCCGCCGCGAGGCAUCUGCUGCGCUGCCUCCACCUCCGCCUCCGGAUCCUGCUGCUCCUCUCCCUCCCGACCCUCUACUUCCUCUCCCCGUCGCCCGCCAUCCUCCCGCGCUCCCUCCUCGCGGACUUCCUCUCGGCCGCGGCCUUCUCCUGCGCGCUGCUCCUGCUCCUCUGCCUCUCCCUCCCCCGCCUCCCGUUCCCGCUCCCCUUCCACCUCCCGCUCCGCCGGCCUCGCCGAUCCCCGAUCCUCUGGUCCAUCGGCUCAUCUCCGUCCGCGUCCGCGUCUGCCCCCACCACCGGCCAUUUCGUCCAGGUGUACAGCAACGGCGAUGUCUACGAGGGCCAGUUCAACCGUGGGCGGUGCACCGGCAGCGGCGUCUACUACUACUACAUGAGCGGCAGGUACGAGGGGGACUGGAUCGACGGCAAGUACGACGGCUACGGGGUCGAGACCUGGGCCAGGGGGAGCCGCUACAGAGGCCAGUACCGGCAGGGGCUCAGGCACGGCCACGGCGUGUACAGGUUCUACACCGGUGAUGUCUACUCCGGGGAAUGGUCCAACGGGCAGAGCCAUGGAUACGGUGUGCACACCUGCGAGGAUGGCAGCCGGUACAUCGGGGAGUUCAAGAGAGGUGUCAAACACGGGCUAGGCCACUACCAUUUCAGGAAUGGUGACACGUAUGCUGGGGAGUACUUCGCUGAUAGAAUGCAUGGUUUCGGAGUCUACAGCUUUGCCAAUGGGCAUAGAUACGAGGGUGCAUGGCAUGAGGGCAGAAGGCAGGGCUUAGGCAUGUAUACAUUCAGGAAUGGAGAGACACAAGCAGGCCACUGGCAAAAUGGAGUUCUUGACACCUUAAGCACCCAAAAUAUUGUCCCAGGGUCAGCAAUUGCCGUGAACCAUUCCAAGGUCCUCAAUGCAGUGCAGGAGGCAAGAAGAGCUACAGAGAAGGCCUACGAUGUUCCAAGAGUAGAUGAUAAGGUUAACAGGGCGGUUGCCGCAGCUAAUAAAGCAGCCAAUGCAGCUAGAGUGGCUGCCGUGAAGGCUGCACAAAAACGCAUUCCAAAUAAUAACGAUGAUCUACCAUUGUCAAUAGUGUGAGGAUUUAGCCAACAUAAGGUUGGCACGAAGCUGCUUGGCGAUGCCAUCACAAUACGAAUCGUCUGGCAGAAGCUUUGAUUCCUCAAUAGGGGUGUUGUUGCUCUGCCACCGGUCCAUGACGACACCUGAGCGACGCCCAUUGCAUCAGAGCUUCGGAAGCAGAGUUUUCUGCCAUCCCUCCAAUACAUCCUUGCGGUGUCUUUUGCGAUGCAGCAGAACUUCUGCGCUGAGAGCUUUCCGUUGUCGAAGGCAAUGGAUUGUGGUCAGGUAGCUUUCCGUCUGCUUUUCUUCAGUGUAAUGUCCAUCCUACGUUAGAGAUGCGAUGAUGAUGUACCCUCGGUUGUCAGAGACAAAUUUCUCCCCCGCUUUAAGCAUGUAUAGAAGUAUAGAACCCUACGAUUUUCGUGGUGCCGGCUGUUGAGGUUGGAGUUGCGCCCGCUGUUGUCUGUAUCUCUGUAGCAGAAACGCAUAAAGAUAUCAUGCACGACCAUGAUUCAUCAGCGCCUCCUGUUGUUUU